AUGGUGCAUUACAAGUUGACGUAUUUCGAUGCACGUGGAUUGGCGGAAUCGACUCGCCAAAUGUUCUACAUGGCCGGUGUUGAGUUCGAGGAUGUGAGAAUCAGCAAUGAUAACGGUGAUUGGCCAAAGCUCAAGCCAAGCACUCCUCUCGGACAACUUCCAGUCCUUUCUGUUGAUGGAUUCGAAAUUCCGCAAUCGGCUGCGAUUGCGAGAUAUGUGGCCCGCAAAUUUGGAUUUGCCGGCAAAACUCCAGAGGAGGAAGCGUGGGUGGAUGCUUUCGUUGAUCUAUUCAAAGAUUUUAUGAAUGCUCUCAGAGCUGUUGUGAUUCCGAUGAGAAAUGGAAAGCCAGCCGAGGAAAUUGAAAAGAUCCGCAAUGAAGUCUACAAGCCGGCUGAGGAGGCCUAUUUCGGCAAUCUCAAGAAGUUCCUUGCCAAGAGCAAAUCAGGAUUUCUUGUCGGAGACAGCGUUACUUUUGCCGAUCUAAUAAUCGCUGACAAUCUAUUCACACUUCAAGAAAAUAAAUUCAACGAUUUGGUGAAUGAGCCAGAAUUGAUCAACUAUCAAAAGAAGAUUUACUCGCUUCCGAAAUUGAAGGAAUGGAUCGAGAAGAGACCAGUCACUUUAUUCUAA